AUGCUCUUAGAGAUCCAAGGGGAAUCCAGACCAGAGGAGAGCCAAGGGCAACCCAAACCAGAAGAGGUCCAACCCAGACCAGAAGAGAGCCAGGAGCAACUAAGACAAGAAGAGAGCCAAGAUGAACUGAAACCAGAAAAAAUCCCAGAGAAACUCAUGCUCUUAGAGACCCAAGGGGAACUCAGACCAGAAGAGAUCCAGGAGGAAUUAAGACAAGAAGAGAGCCAAGAUGAACUGGGAGCAGAAGAAAGCCCUGAGAAACUAAUGCUCUUGGAGAGCCAUGGGGAACCCGGACCAAAGGAGAGCCAAGGGGAACCCAGACCAGAGGAGAUCCAAGGGGAACCCAGACCAGAUGAGAUCCAAGGGGAACCCAGACCAGAGGAGAUCCAAGGGGAACCCAGACCAGAGGAGAGCCAAGGGGAACCCAGACCAGAGAAGACCAAAGGGGAACCCAGACCAGAGGAGAUCCAAGGGGAACCCAGACCAGAGGAGAGCCAAGGGGAACCCAGACCAGAGAAGACCAAAGGGGAACCCAGACCAGAGGAGAUCCAAGGGGAACCCAGACCAGAGGAGAACCAAGGGGAAUCCAGACCAGAGGAGAUCCAAGGGGAACCCAGACCAGAGGAGAGCCAAGGGCAACCCAAACCAGAAGAGGUCCAACCCAGACCAGAAGAGAGCCAAGAUGAACUGAGACCAGAAGAAAUCCCAGAGAAACUCAUGCUCUUAGAGAUCCAAGGGGAACCCAGACCAGACGAGAGCCAGGAGGAACUAAGACAAGCAGAGAGCCAAGAGGAACUCUUUCUAUUAGAGAGCCAAGAUGAACUGGGAGCAGAAGAAAGCCCUGAGAAACUCAUGCUCUUAGAGAGCCAAGAGGAACCCAGACCAAAGCAAACCUUAGUUGAGGAGACUGUGGAUAGUUCUCCAGAGGAAACGGAAGACCCACAGUCAGUUGGGAAGGGCACCAAAGCUGCACACCUUAUGGCUGCAGCAAUGAUCAAAAAGUUAAUUGGAAAAGCCCAUGAGGUCCCUAACACUGAGCAGCAGAUCUGUCUCGUCCAAAUGCUCAGAAAACUGGAGAAUGGGGUUCAGAUCUCAGAGGACAGUAACCUCACAGACAAAGACCUCAAAGCCAUCGGCAAAGCUGCUGCCAAAAGCUUGCUGCAGGAGUGUGGCUCGGUCUCUGCUCUAAGUGACAACAAUUUCACUGAGGAGACAUUGAAACUGAACCUGAACCUCCAACUCACAUAUUUCUUGGCCCAUCGUCCUCAGACUAAAACGACAUCCUUCUUUUCAAGAGUGUGGAAGGUCUUCAGAAGAAACAAAAUCAGCUCAGGACCUCUGAGCACAUAUUUGUCAUCUCCCUUCUACUAA